CCCAGCCGGCACAUCGCCGGCUCCUUACCGCGACUGGUCAUAUUGCUUUGAAACCGCCAGAAUGUAGUGAAGAGAGAAGACAGAAGAGUAGUGAAGAGAGAGAAAGAGGAGUAUGUUUGCUGGGUAAAAGGAUAUUCAAGAGAAAGAGGAGAGAGAAAGAGAGAAAAUGGCAGCAAAAGAGGAAGUAGAAGUGGCAAGAGUGAAGCUGGGUACCCAAGGUUUGGAGGUUUCAAAGUUGGGGUUUGGAUGCAUGGGCUUAUCUGGAGUCUACAAUGCUCCUGUUUCUGAAACCGAUGGAAUUUCUAUAAUUAAGGAUGCAUUUAAUAAAGGAAUAACAUUCUUUGAUACAGCAGAUGUGUAUGGAGCUUCUACAAAUGAAGUCCUUGUUGGUAAGGCGCUCAAACAGUUGCCAAGAGAAAAGGUUCAGUUAGCCACAAAGUUUGGCAUUGUAGGAAUUGGACGACUUGGACCUGGAAUUAUGGAAGUGAAGGGUACUCCAGAAUAUGUACGUUCAUGCUGUGAAGCUAGCUUGAAUCGUCUUGGUGUAGACUAUAUUGAUUUGUAUUACCAACACCGUAUUGACACUUCGGUACCAAUAGAGGAAACAAUGGGAGAAAUGAAGAAACUAGUUGAAGAAGGAAAAAUUAGAUACAUUGGGUUAUCAGAGGCCAGUGCUGACACAAUAAGAAGAGCACAUGCAAUUCAUCCUGUCACUGCUGUUCAAAUGGAGUGGUCUCUUUGGACACGUGACAUCGAAGAAGAGAUUGUUCCUAUCUGUAGAGAGCUGGGCAUUGGUAUUGUUCCUUACAGUCCUCUCGGUCGUGGAUUUUUUGGGGGCAAAGCUGUCGUGGAGACAUUACCAGAGAACAGUCUUCUGACUUCACAUCCUCGGUUUCAAGGGGAAAAUUUGGACAAAAACAAGAUAAUAUAUUCUCGGCUGGAGAAUCUGUCAAAGAAACACGGAUGCACUCCAGUUCAGCUGGCGCUGUCAUGGAUUCUGCAUCAAGGGGACGAUGUUGUACCUAUACCUGGGACAACCAAAAUCAAGAACUUGGAUGCCAAUCUCGGUGCCUUGAAAGUGAAGCUUACAGAAAAAGACCUGAAAGAAAUUUCCGAUGCUGUACCCAUCACUGAGAUUGCAGGUGACAGGACAUAUGCAGGGAUGAGCUCCAUGACAUGGAGGUUUGCAAAUACACCCUUGAAAGAUAUCAGGACAACUUAAUAAGUGUGGACGCCAACCACUUAGCUGGAAAAAUCUAGGAUUGGGGCAUUUACAAGGGGAUUGAGAUUUUAAUUACUCCAUCUAAUAGUCAAUAGUCUCAAAACUACAUUUCUUUCUUAUUCCAUACUAUAUUUCUUUCGUAGAAAUAAUGUAAGCAUCUAAGCAUGAAAUACGCUGGUUAUAGAUUAUGGUUUCCCAAUGAUCUGCUUAAAUAAUUUGUGAGGAUUUGGAAAAUAUGUUCUGCAUUGUAAGCAGCCUGGCUCUUUUAUGCUACUCCGUAUUAUCUGUGAGAGUAUUGAAGAUUUUAAGUAAAACUUCUGCAUUAAUUUUUUUUGUGUUAUCAUGUGAAAGAAAUGUCUUGCAAACUUUGCUAAACUCUCAAUAAAAUUGUGUGCAAAAACAGAGGGACAGAUUGAAGUGUUGCUUAUAUAUCUUCAGUAAACUGCAAUAAAAAA